GCUCAAGUAAUCAUACGAUAAAGAGUAAGCUGAAGUUUGGAACAUUUUUAUCGUUGUUCCUGGUCUUUUUUAUCCGAAUGGCUAACUGCCACGUGGCUUUAUCAUCGCAAACUUUGUGACUUUUGGACUCAAAUUUGAUUCUCAUAGAUUUCACCCACAUUAGAAUAGAUAUGUAUUGCACGCUGUCAGAACAAAGAACCAACUCCAGAUUUCACGAAGACCUGGACAUUCUAAUGAUCGUCGUCAAUUUGCGAAGGAAAAAGCGACUUAUUGCCUAUUAGUUGAGCAUUUCAAAAGCAAAAAAGUGAUUGCGCCUGCAACAUUGUAGUUAAACUCAAGGAUAUCCCAGGAUAUUAGUAGUUGUUAUUUUGUUGCCAAACACCAUGGCAGAAUAUGACCUGGACAUUUUGACUAGUAAUGGUUUUAGUGAUAUGUUGUUUGGCCUGAAGAGUUACCAGCCGGAGGUGUAUAAGUACUCUCACCGCAGAUCUCCAGAACAGAUAAAACAAGAUGUUUUUCUUUCAAGACGUGUCCAACAUAUUAUUGCAGAGACAGCAAAAGAUAAGAGCCAGACAGUUGCUCAAGUACAAGAGGAAGCAAAGGCAAUCUUGGACGAGAUGGGUCAUAACUUCAGCCUGAAGACAAUUCGCUUUAUGGCAUAUCUGCUCAGGAAAAUACUAACAUCAUUAUUCCGCAAAGUAAUGGUGAAUAAAAGUGGCCUAGAAAAGUUAAAGGAAGCAUCUGUGCACAACCCUGUGGUCCUUGUACCAAGCCACCGUAGCUACAUGGACUUCCUUCUGGUGUCCUUUAUCUGUUUCUCUGUUGAUCUCCCUCUGCCUUUUAUUGCUGCUGCCCAAGAUUUUAUGAAUAUGAGAGUUGUUCGAAGACUUUUCCGUAAAAGUGGUGCUUUCUUCAUGCGCCGUUCGUUCAUGGCUGAUAAGCUUUACUGGGUGAUAUUCACUGAGUAUGUUCAGAAUCAGCUACAAAGAGGUGAACAGCCUCUUGAGUUUUUCCUAGAGGGGACCAGGAGUCGCACAGGCAAGUUCCUGCACCCCCGGCUAGGCCUCCUAUCGAUGGUUGUUGACCUUUAUGCCAAUGCGGGUGUGCCAAAUAUUUUACUUUGUCCAAUCAGCAUCUCCUAUGAGCGAGUGAUUGAAGAACCUCUGUUUGCUUAUGAGUUGCUGGGCAUACCCAAGCCAAGAGAAUCUCUCAGGGGCUUGAUAAAGAGCAGAUCAGUUCUUUAUGAAGAUUAUGGCAGUAUCUACGUCAACUUUGGUGACUUAAUUCCACUGAGCAGUUGUAUCGAAGGAAAGCUUGACAGGAUGUCUACCGCUUGUAUUCCAAGACAUCUACUGUUAUACCUGACUGAUGAGGAAAAGGAAGUUGUGCGACAGCUUGGCUAUGAGAUCACGGUCAGACUGCAGUCUCACAUGGUCGUUACUCCAUCUGUGACAGUCGCAGCCAUCAUGCUUCAGAACCAACAGGGAUUGCCACUAGAUGAGCUUGUGCGAAAGUAUGCGCGGCUACAGGAGUGCUUCAAAAGCUUAGAUGUCUCUCUAGCACCCAAUAACUACGGACAGUUUAAAGAUGCUGUGCUGGAAAGUAUCACUUUUCAAAAGAACUGCUUGGAAAUAGAUUUGAAUGGGCUUGUAAGAAUAAAAGACCCAGAGUCAAUCAGCGAGGCACCCCACAAAACCUCUGCUACAUCUCACGCUAUUCGAAAAAGAGACCAUGUGAUUAGCUCAGUUCAAGAUGUGAUGGAUGAGGCGGCCAUCCAGAUUCAGCUAGCGUACAAGAGAAAUACCCUUCUGCCGUACUUCUUUGGUAUCGGAAUGGUGACCCUCGCAGCUCAGCGACAAACCACUGAGUCCAAGGACCUAAGGGUGUUAUCUGACGAUUUUGACUUCCUCUCUGGGUUGUUAAUCAAGGAAGUUGCAGGACUUGCAGAAUCGCUUCACGAGGUGUUUGAGAAGACACUCGACACUAUGACAAACGUGGGAAUGAUAACAAUAAAUCGAGGAGAUAACGUGACAGAAACUAGCAUGACGCAGGCUAGCGUGACAUUGCUUAACCAUGCUAGCUUGGAGUUCGCCUCAGGCCUGUGGUUGCCAUUCUUAGUCGCGUACUGGAUAGCCUGUGAUCACCUAGUCAAGAACGCGGCAUCUGGUGUCGAACACACUAUUCAUGAGCUUGUUCAAGGCGCUCAGCAUCUUGCUGCCGAAUACGUGCUAUCAGGAAAUGUUAGAUUUUACGAAGUGUUGUCACUUGAGCUGUUGAAAAAUGCGACUAAGACGGUGAUGGACCUGAAUGACUUAAAAAAGAUUAAAAGACCCGGAAAAGACUCCCUGGUAACUGUCUCUGACCAAAGCACUCUGCUGAAGUUCCAUCAACGCAUUGGUGGGUUUCUUGGCAUCAAGUCUGAUGCUACAUCCAUAUCCUCUCAAGCAUCCAAGCUAUGAAUGUGCCAUCUUGCUUCCUCGCACUCAACGUAAUAUUUUAUUAAUCUCCCGCAAACUAUAGAGCUUGUGUUGGUUUAGUAGGUCUUAUCAAGACUAAUGUUUCUACUCGAUUUUUAGUUUAAUUCAAAGAUUAGAAUAUCUCUGCAAUGGAAAACAUUCCGACCAAUUAAAAAAUGAACAUAUAAGAAAAGACAUAAAAAGCAGAAAGUUUGGUUUCUUGAUUUUUGACAGCCUUUAAGAUUUAUAUAGGUUUACCUUGCUAGAAAAUGAAGAGCUUACGCGAAAUACAGUAAGAACUCACCCAAACAAAUCAAGUUGAGACAUUGUAUACGAAUUCCUUUAUAUGAGGGAUUUUAAAUUUUUUGUCCUUUAUAUGCGAGUAUCGUUUAGACUAAUACGUGCAUUAUUAUCGGUCAGUCGUUGCAAUGUCAAAAUAUUUGAAUUGCUUUGUUCCUAAAGAAUAGCUUUCAGGACACUUUGAGAUAAAAAGUGUUUUUCAUAAACCUGUGCAACAUAAGGGCAAUAGUCAUAGAGUGUAAUAGUCAAGACAGCACAAAAGAGAACAGAGACGUUAGUAUUUGUGCUAGAUAGGCUAGGGUGUAUUCCACGGAUUUAUGGAAAGCAUUCUAAUUUAAAUAAAAUAAUAUUUAGAGUUUUAUGCUCUAAAAUUAUAGGUAUAGUAUUAGUAAUUAUAAUAAUAAUAACAACAGAAUAAGUCUGGAGAGAUAUUCUCACACAAUGUCAUUCCCACAGCGACUAUAUGGCUGUGUAGUUCUGUGAAUAAAAAGUGCUAUCUA